AUGCAUGAUUCUAUCGUGUUGGAUGGUGAGAUCCAGUCACCAAUUCACGAUGCUACUCUCCUGUCAGACAACACCAACGCUAAGAGCAGCGAUGGUGUGAGCGACAAGUGGCCAUUGAGCCAGACAAAGCUAGAAUCCAGUACUAGCAUCAUUUACGCAGACAGGAGUGUGAGCAGUGAAACAAAGAAGCAGCCAAGUCUUUCAAAGAACAAAGAACAUAUUCAGGAAACAGCUAGCGCUACGACGGGUGAAGAGCAUAAGCCCCUACAAGAAAUUAAAAUCACGAGAGUGCCCCCGGAAAUGUGGCGACAUAUUAAAAAGGAGCGCAAAAUCGAUCCCAAGCAGAGUAUUCUUCUAACCUCCUCUAAAGGGAGCAGCAGCCUUAUCCUGCAAAAAACCAGACAAAAACACAAAGAGACAAAAUACAAAGAUGAAGUCUCUUUGCACAAGUCCGAAGCAUCAAAUCAUCUCUAUGCACCUUAUCGUUUGGCGGUCAAUUCCACGUAUCUCCUCAGCGUGUUGGAGAAGUACACUGGGAUCUUUUUCACAGAGGAGCAGAACGUCCUGGUAAGGCCUUUCAAGUACCUUGUGGAGAUUGAACCAGACAUUCGGGAGGCCUUUCACAUGGCCAAAGUAGUAUGCGAACAGGCGAUUGCUGAGCUAGCUCAGUCUGUACAAGCGGCCGAAAUUUGCGGGCCGCAGGUGGAAGGCAAUGUGGAAACACAAGAAGGGAAAAAGAACCUAGAAAAGCUCAAUGAAGCUGUUUUCCGUACAACACGUGAGCGAGACGAACUUUCUUGCCUCGUCGAAUUCAUGGAUCUUGACAUGAGAGACAUUUUCAGCGUAAAACGCCAAAUUGAGUCACGAUCAGUGGAAAAAAUAGCCUAUGAACACCUCUGGCAAUUUUUUAAACCUGGUGAUAUUGUUUACAGCUGCCCCGAAAAUGAUGAGAUCCGAAGACAAGCUUAUCGGAUUCUCCAUGUCACUGGCGGGAGAGUGUGCUUUGAUACAACGCGGAGAUCCCCAUUUGAUCCGAUCAAGGAUUGA